AUGGCCCCGAAAUUUCUCCUUGUGCUCGCCGCUGUUCUAGCAACCACGUCCCUAUGUCACGGAGCCCGACCACUCUUCACAGCGCUACUGACCUCCGAUCCCUAUGCCGCGCAAGCCGUUAACGUUGAGGAGGGGAGCGAUGCGGCGAAGAAUCUGUUGGCAGAGGCAGAUGUGGCCGCUGCUGAUAACGAUAACACCGCCAGCGUAGCCGGAGCUACCAGGAUCGUCUCGACUGCCGCUGAUAACGACAACGUCGCAUCAGCUAUCCCUGAGAUGAUUCCAGCUGACGUCGACAGCAACUCCGUCGGAUUCUUGACGGCGUCCGUCUCCCUGCCAGGUUCCGACAACGUCAUCGCCGCUUUGGGCGUUCCGCGCAGAAAGGGCUCUCUGGUCUCCGUCAUCGACGACCCCACCGAUAACACCGCUUCUGUCCGCAUAUCCGAGUCUGCUGCUGCAGUUGUUGCUGACCUCAGCGCUGCGACAACGGUGACCUUCGACGACCCCACCGAUAGCACCGCUUCUGUCCGCGCAUCCGCCUCUGUUCCUACCAUCGUUGACGAUCUGAGCGACAACACCGCGUCUGUUGCGACGACGACGAUCGUCGACGACCCUACAGAUAACACCGCGUCCGCUGUCGCAUCUGCUGCGACUGUCAUCGACGACCCCACAGAUAACACCGCCUCUGUUAGGACCAGCGAUGCGCAGGACGAGGCAACGACGACGGCGUAUGUCUCCCUUCCCGGAUCAGACAACGUGAUUUAUGCGUACCACGCGCCUGCUCGUCGGGAAGGUACGCUGGUCGUCGUGAACGGCGAGGGCAGCACUUAA